UCCAACCCACUAGGGUAUAGUAUAAUUAAGAUUUGUCCUAUUUCUCAUCAGUUAGAAAUAUAUUUGUUUUCUCGAGCAUACUCCAUCUUGUGUAAUUAUUCCUAUGAUUAUCUUUAUUUUAUAGAAGCCUUAAAAGAAAUAGAUGAUGUCUAUGAAAAAUACAAGUCAGAAAACGAUCCUGUGCAGAAGAAACGCUUGCAGCAGCAUCUUCAGCGUGCAUUAAUCAACAGUCAAGAACUUGGAGAUGAAAAAAUUCAAAUAGUUACUCAGAUGCUAGAACUGGUAGAGAAUAGAGCCCGUCAAAUGGAAACACACUCUCAGUGUUUUCAAGAUCUGUCUGAGAACGAAAAGCCCCUAGAAAAGGCCAAGAUGGAGUCCUGCCAGCCAGAGAGAUCCUCCCGUAGACCUCGUCGCCAGCGAACCAGCGAAAGCCGCGACCUGUGCCACAUAGCAAAUGGUAUUGAUGACUGCGACGAUCAGCCACCUAAAGAGAAAAGAUCAAAAUCUUCCAAGAAGAAAAAACGUUCCAAAGCCAAACAGGAGAGAGAGGUUUCACCUGUAGAAUUUGCAAUUGAUCCCAAUGAACCAACUUACUGCUUAUGCAACCAAGUGUCUUAUGGCGAAAUGAUAGGGUGUGACAAUGAACAGUGCCCUAUUGAGUGGUUCCACUUUUCCUGCGUUGGACUCACGUACAAACCAAAGGGAAAAUGGUACUGCCCCAAGUGCAGAGGAGACAAUGAGAAAACAAUGGACAAAUGUACUGACAAAUCAAAAAAGGAUAGGAGGUCGAGGUAGUGAAAGCAAUUGUGUUUUAAAGAGUUGGUCCUUUUAUAUUAAAAUGUUUCAUUUCCAGAGAACAUUGUUUUAGGAAAUGCAUAAGACUAUGCAAUAAUUUUUAAUCUAUAAUAUUAAUGGAGUAUUAAAAGCUGUUCUACCUUCUGUGAUCUUUAACUUUCUGCACUGAAUAACCAAAUAAUUGAAACAGGGUGGCUUCAGACCUUUCACAGAAGACAUUACAAGCAGAUGGCGCUUGGUUUCAAUUUAACCCCAAUAGUAUUUUAAAGAACCUUGCGAAUCCUGAAAUAAUGGUGAUGGGAAAGAUACUGAAGAACUCAUGUUAUGAUAAAGGGGUUGAAAGGCCUCACAUCUCUGCUAGCAUUUUAACAACUACGUUUGUUCUUUAUCCCAGGUUUUACAUUUUCAGUUUUUGUGUUAACAUCAUGCAUUUGGAGUUGGGGGUUUUGAAUUCAGCUGUAACUGUAAAAGUCUUCCGAGCUAUGAGCAGACCUCUCCAGUGACUUUCAUAUGACCCGUAUGUUAUUGCAAGGAAGAAAAUACCACUAACUUAAAUUUUUCUUUUUUGCCAACAUUAAACUCUUGUCUUUGUGACUAUA